UCAUCAUGGUGGCGUCCUCGUGUGUUGCGUGACUCUCGCAGAAUUUUACAUUUUUUGCUUUUAAGGAGUCACACAAAGAUAAACAAAAUGAAGGUGAAGACGAAACCCAAAACCAAACAUCCAUCUUUUGGGAAGCAUCGGACAUCACGGAGCAUCCAUGUAAAAGGAGAAUGGAAAGCUGUAGAGCUUGACCCCAGCCUCUUUUCGGAGGAGGGGAUGGAGGAUCUGGUGUGUUUUGAAGAGCUGAGAAGCUACUGUCUCGUAGACACCAAAAAAGCUGCGGCUCAAGCAGCCAGAGAGCUUCAAAGGGAGAAGAAAAAAGCGAAGAAAAGAAAAAUGACAGAGGGGGAGAAGGAUGGAGGAGAACUCGGGCAUAAAGAGGAAGAGAAAAAGGACGACACACCAAAGAAAAAGGCGAAAAUGAAGAAAAAUAAAAAACUGCCUGCCUGUGAAACAGAAGUGAAGCACCAGGGUGUAGUUGCAGGAACAGAAGGUGGAGAGGAUGAAGAAGUUAAAGAAAAGGAUGAAGUUAUUAAAGACGUUUCUAUAGAAGAGUCAGCGAUUGGCCAGUCAAAGAUUGCAAAGAAGAGUAAGAAGAAAAACAAAAAGACACAAUGCUCAGAGAAGGAUGCAGCCUCCAAGGUGCAGCAGAAUCUGAAGCCUUCAUCAGAUGUACAUGGUCCACCAAAAAAGCAGAUAAAAAAUUGGACAAAUGCUGCACUUUCAGGUUCUGAGCACAUAGAUACAGAUGUGAGUGCAUGGAAGGAUCUGCAUGUUCCCUCCCUGGUACUAAAGGCACUGAGCAGUCUUGGGUUCAGUUCUCCCACCCCGAUUCAAGCCCUGGCUUUGCCCCCAGCCAUUAGGGAUCAUAUGGACAUACUGGGUGCAGCUGAGACGGGAAGUGGUAAGACGUUGGCUUUUGGGAUUCCCAUUAUUCACACCAUCUUAGAGUGGAGGAAAAGCUCAAAAAAAAAAGAUGACAACAGAGAGACGUGCGAACAGGUGGACAGCUUAUAUUUACCAGCUGGAAAUGACUCUGGAAAUUCAGCAGACCAGGAGGACAACAUGUCAGAUGAAGAGGAAGAAGGUAGAACCAGUCAAAGUGAAGAUGAGGGUGAACUCACAACUGGAGAUGGGACAGACAAGCUUGGAUGUGUUCAAGUAAUUGACGACGUAGAGUUCAACUUUGACCAGCCUGGUGAAGCAAAAGGUUCGCCUGCCAGUUGUCAGAGUCCGCCUUUGCUCGCACUGGUUCUCACUCCCACCCGAGAGCUGGCUGUUCAGGUCAAGCACCAUAUUGAUGCGGUCGCCAAAUUCACUGAUAUCAAAACAGCAAUAGUUGUAGGUGGAAUGUCCCAACAGAAGCAGAGACGGGUGCUUAAGCGAAAGCCGGAGAUCAUAAUUGCUACUCCAGGGCGCCUGUGGGAUUUGAUCCAAGAGAAACAUCCUCAUUUACUAAACCUUAGGCAGCUCAGGUGCCUUGUCAUUGAUGAAGCAGAUCGGAUGGUAGAGAGAGGCCACUUUGCAGAGCUGGAGAAUCUGCUGGAGAUGUUGAACACUAGGCACUUCAAUCCCACGAGGCAAACGUUUGUGUUUUCAGCCACCUUGACCAUGGUUCACAGCUUGCCCACCCGCCUCUUACAGAAGAAGAACAAGGUAGAGCAGAAGAACAAGUUGCAAGUUCUGAUGGAAAAGGUGGGGAUUAAGUCCAAACCCAAGAUUAUUGACCUGACCAGGAAGGAGGCAACCGUGGAGACCUUGACUGAGACCCAGAUCCACUGUCAGAAGGAUGAGAAGGACUUCUUCCUCUAUUACUUCCUGCUGCAGUAUCCUGGACGCACCAUGGUGUUUGCCAACAGUAUAGACUGUAUCAAAAGACUUAGUUCGCUGCUGGUUAUUUUGGACUGUACUCCAGUGCCUCUUCAUGCCAAUAUGCAUCAGAAACAACGCCUGAAAAACUUGGAAAGAUUUGCUGAGAAGGAGAGUUGUGUUCUGUUGACAACUGAUGUGGCUGCAAGAGGUUUGGAUAUCCCCAAUGUUCAGCAUGUUAUUCACUACCAGGUUCCUAGGACAUCUGAGACAUAUGUCCAUCGAAGUGGCAGAACAGCAAGAGCCACCAAAGAGGGUCUCAGUUUGCUCCUAAUAGGCCCUGAUGACAUGAUGAACUUCAAACGGAUUUACAGGACUCUUGGGAAGGAUGAGGAGCUUCCCAUGUUCCCCGUAGAAACAAGAUGCUUGGACGCCAUCAAGGAACGGGUCAACUUAGCCAGGAACAUAGAGAAGAUUGAGUUCCACAACAGCAAAGUGAAGCAGCAGAACUCCUGGUUCAGACGAGCAGCAGAGGCUCUGGAGAUGGAGCUGGAUGAGGAUCUUUUAAUUGGUGGAGCCAAGGAUGAAGAGGCUGACAAACAGCAGCUGAACAUGGUUAAAGGGAUGAAAAAGCAGCUGAAGCAUCUGCUUGCUCAGCCCGUGUUCAAAAGUGUGAUAAAGACCAAAUACCCGACUCAAAUGGGGAAGCUCUCCCUGCCUGAAAUGCCUGUUGCAAAGAUGGAAAGUGCCCUAGCCAGGGUCUCCAAAGAGAAAGACAAAAGUGUUCAGCUUCAAAAGAAGAAGCAGAACAAGGCCCAACGCAAGUGAAAUAUUAAGAGAACUCUUUAUUCAACAAGACCAAGAUUCAUGUCUUUUUACAUCAUUUUUAAAGAUAAAAAGAAUUAUAAUUGU